CGUGCCAAUUGAGGGCGCAUUUUAACUUCAGUAAGUAAGACGGCGACGUCCACAGUCGAGAAAAAGAAAAAUGGAAAGUCUUCAUCGAAUUCAACGAUCAUGAAGCAGCACCACUCCAUAGGCAAGCAUGAUCAGCAAGCACCUCGGUCACAUCACUGGGGGGAGUUAAUCUCCAAGCAAUCCCCACCCAAGGCUAUGUCUGUUGUAGAUAUGGACUCCCCAUCCCUAAACCCAAAAUCCAUUGACCUUGAGGGACCUCAUCUGCAUCAGCCGUCAUCCCACCACAAGACAAGUGCACACCAACCGCUACCAUCGGAGUUGGUUCGUCCGGAUGCCAUCAGCAUCCAUACCAUUCAGUUGUUCAGGAACAAUCGACGCAUUCGGACUAUCAUUGCAGCUUCUCAGCAGCUCCAACAAGAAAGCAGUAAAUGGGAGGACAGGAGUCACAGGCCUAGGCUGCAGUCUCUGCCUGCUACGCCACUGUUAUUAUUGCCCUCCAAGAAAAUAGGCAUACCUGCCAGUGACAACAGUGGUCAGAAUGGGCAUAGAGAGGAUUCUAGUUUCUGUAGACCCAAAAUGCAUACUAGCACUGUGGAAGUAGAUGAAGUAACUUCCAGAAAGCUACGCAGGAGAGCCAUUGCUACGCUGUGUGCACAUGCUGGAUAUGAAAUGAGUCAGGAGUCUGCUGUUGAGACCUUAGCUGAUGUUUUACAGGAAUACUUAAUCAAAGUCUGUAAGUUGCUAAGAGCAGCGGUUGACAGGGAGGCUUUGACUGGGUCUACUGGAUUCCAGGAUUCCUUGUCCCAAGUCUUACAGGAGAGCGGUGUUGGGAGCACAGACACCCUCUUCAAGUUCUGGAAAACAAGAAUCAAGGACUAUCAUAAAGCCAUGCAGAAAAGAAACACACAACUCCGAGAACAAUAUGACAAACUAAGGAAUCCUGGAGAUGUUCCAAUGUCAGGGGAUAGCAAGUCACCGAGGGUGAAAGAGGAACCCUUUGUGGACAUCCAAUUUCCAGACAGUGAACAGGACUCCUCCGAGGUCACACCUGAUGCUACGGAGCACCCAAAUCAGCCGUUGAAUUUCCAGUCCCUCUCCAAUAUGGAAUUGGAAGAGCAGACAAGGGCAACGACCAGCAUUACAGAAGAUGAAAAUCACUGGUAUCCACCAACCUAUGUCAAGACUGAAGCAGUAACUGAGGCUAGUACCAACAAGCCUGAUGAUGGAAGAGACUUGGAGACACAAGAGCACAGUGACCAGGGUGAGGAAGAGAUGGAUACCAGUCAAUCAAGUCGGUCUCCAGCCGUUGUAGUUGAUGUUGAUGUUACCUCACCACAAAGCCGCUCCAACAGAGAAAUAGCUCCUAUGAACCCAAAGAAAAAGAAGAAGAAAUGAAAGCAUGGAAGACAUUUUGUUGCAUCGGUCCUCAGUCUACCUGCUGUAAAACCAAGCCAAAGUCUGCUCUAUUUAAUGUGAAUUCUCUACACCGAGAAAACUCUGCAUCAAGGGAUACAAAUUUUCAUCAUUAGUGACAAAAAUAGUUUGAACAUUUCUACCUCCAUGGUUUGAACAACCAAAAGUCUAAACUAAAAUAAUCAAAUCCAAUUUUAACAAAUCCAUAAUUUGUUCACUCCAUUCCGCCAGGUGACACAAUGUAUAUGCUGCUUGUAACUAAAAGUAACAGGUUUAAAUUAUUGCAUAGCUCCAGCAAAAAAGUACGAUUCAAACUGUUUAUAAUAGCUGCUGGACAAUCUCGGUGGUCUAGUUGGUAAGACAUCUGCUCUAGAAUGGCAAAUGCCGUGGGUUUGAAUCCUAUCGAGUGAUAUGUCUGUGGAUUUUAUUUUGUUCACAAGUUUUGGGACGGUCUUUUGGACAUACCAUAUUUCUGUUAUGAGAAUUAUCUCUUCAUACUUAAAAGCAGCACUGAAUAAAUAAAAGAGUCUUACACAAACAA